AAAGAGAGUUCCAACAAGAUUAGAUACUUUAGUUUGAGUAGCACGUAGUCAACGAAUGCCCUCUCUCCAAAAAAUCAGCAAAAUUGCGGGUAUUACCAACCAGCAGAAGAUUCCUAAUCUCCACCACCGGAAUAGCUGAUGCAAAUAUCUGUAAUGUUUGCUGACGUGUCGGUUGUUCUACCGUCAGUUGCCGGCGGCGGUUUGAAACACUGCUGCUAUGCAUUUUCCGACUCCAAAUCCCUUCUCUCUCCUUCUUUCUCCAAAAGCUCUCCAUCCUUUUCUGUUCCGAGGCUAGGAAUUGGGCCAGGAAAGGCCCAAACCAGAAGCUGGACGACAAGAGCAACAGCAUCAGGAAGUUCAGGAGGUGAUUUGGUCCCAGUUGCUCCUCUUAAGUUGGAGUCAUCUGUUGGUCAAUUUUUAGCACAGAUGUUGCAAACCCAUCCCCAUCUGCUCCCUGCAGCUAUUGAACAGCAGCUGGAGAACCUUCAGAAUGAAAGGGAUACCCAAUUAAAGGAAAACCAGUCUUCAUCCAAAGAUGUCCUCCAUAAGAGAAUAGCUGAAGUCAGAGACAAAGAAAGGCGGAAAGUAUUAGAGGAGAUUCUGUACUGCUUAGUUGUACAUAAGUUUGUAGACAAUGACAUUUCAAUGAUCCCAAAAAUAUCUGAAACAUCAGAUCCUACUGGAAAUGUGGGUUUUUGGCCAAAUCAAGAGCAGAAGCUAGAAUCUGUACACUCCCCUGAUGCAUUUGAAAUGAUCAUCAGCCAUAUAUCUAUAGUUCUUGGUGAGCGUGCUGUGGGGCCUCUCGAUAGCAUUGUUCAAAUGAGCAAAAUCAAACUUGGUAAGCUCUAUGCUGCUUCUAUUAUGUAUGGAUAUUUCCUCAAAAGGGUUGACGAACGUUAUCAACUUGAGAGAACUAUGAGUAAGCCUCCUGAGAGUUUCCAGAUCUCAACAAAUCCUGAUGAGCCAGCAAAACCAAGACAGCUAUGGGAUCCAGAUUCAUUGAUAGAAAUGUACCCUGAAAAUGGUGACAGAGAAGGAUUUGCGGAUUCUAAUUUUGAGAGUAAACCAGAGAGGCUGAGAUCCUAUGUUAUGUAUUUGGAUGCGGAGACACUCCAGAGAUAUGCAACCUUAAGAUCAAAGGAAGCAGUUACUGUGAUUGAAAAGCAGACGCAAGCACUGUUUGGAAGGCCUGAUAUUAAAGUUUCUGGUGAUGGUACCCUAGAUAUAUCUAAUGAUGAAGUGCUGUCCGUUACAUACUCUGGUUUGACAAUGCUGGUGCUGGAGGCAGUUGCUUUUGGAUCAUUUUUAUGGGAGGCAGAAAGCUUUGUUGAGUCUAAAUACCAUAUUAUCAAUAGCUAGAGAUAUUCUUUUGUACUUCAACAGGAAAUAUUUAUUUAUGUGCUAGCUCUGUAAAUUGUUUACUCGUUCGAACCCACUAAGCAUGCAUUUUGUAUCUUAUAAUCAUCAAGCUCAUUUCAUCU